AUGGAUCUGGAAGGACUUGGAUUUCAUGAGUUGCACACUUUUAACAAAGCCCUUCUUGCAAAGCAGUUGUGGAGAAUCCAAGCUCAACCUGAUCUUCUUGUCAGUAAAGUUCUUAAAGGCAGGCAAGUGCUAAUCAAAGGGAGGAUCAAAGAACAAGAAGGAGAAUCAAUGACAUACUCCCAGUCCUGCAAAAUCUCAGAAACAAAGGUUUACAUGUGGAUCAAACCUGUAAGAUCUGUGGAGAAGGAGUGGAACACAAGAGCAUUUGUUCUUUCAAUGUACAAGGGCCAAACUCAUAUGGAAAUUGGCUCCAUUGUCUUGGGAAGGAUUGCAGCCAUACACAGAGAAUUUCAAAUCAUGGUGGACUGCCUUUGCUCAUUAAGACUCACACCCAUCAUGGAGGACAGAAUACAGCUCUCUUCAUAUCUCCUAUGGUGGAUGUGGAAGACUCGUAAUCUCUGGAUCUUCCAAAACACUCUCAGAUCAGAAAUGGAUACAAUUAGGUUAGCAGUGAAUGAAUGGAUGGAAUUUCUAUCACUGUCGGCUGUCGGUCCAGAGGAACUCGAGCUCGCUAAGAAUAACAUAAUCCAGUCGGGGAGCUCGCAGAGGCAGCUCAGGGUAUUGGUCGAGCUUAGAUACAAAAAGAGACCUCGAAGCUUAGAGGUCACAAGGUUGAGAGGUCGAAUAUCGAUCUCGACUAGGUCUUAUAGAAGCGAGGGCUAUGUGGUGAAGGGGAAAAGAAUCUUGGAGUGUCUACGGGAUUCCCUCUCAGCGUAUUGCAGGUCAUCAGAGCUCGAGGAAGGAGGACGUUUCAGGAUCGAUUGGUUGACUCUGUCUUUUACCGGCUAUAAGUGGCUGAUCGAUUUCUCACAACAAGGUUGUCAGUUCGAAGAUUAUGGCAGAAGACGACCUCUAGCUGGCUGGUCGAAGUCGACAUGCGCGUUAGUCACACCUCAUGAGACACUACCGGCGCCUCACACGUCGGUGACCCCAGUAGUAUGCACAUUGGGUGAAUCCCCCACAGGUAAGAAGCCGGUAGUUGUCCAGAAAAGUACACAAACACUAGGAGAGCAAUGGACGAUAGCAAUCCAAGACAACAUCAUCCAACAACAAGACGACCUAGUGGUUGGUCGAUCUCAAUAUCAGGUCAAAGGGUACUACCAAACUCUGAUGGACAUGGGGCCCUUCAAGGAGGACAAGUCAUUCAGCUUACUAGGGAAGAGUUGGACAGAAUUGUGGCCGAGACAUCGACCUGAGCCCAUGGGCCAAAAUAGCCAUAGUCUGUUACGCCACAUCCGCAACCUCAGAGGAGGAUUAUGGGAAAUGGCACCGUGGUUGCAUGGCCAUCCCUUUGCCGAGAAAGUCCUCGAGGCCAACCUACCUAAUAAUUUUUGCGAGCUAAACUUGUCUUAUGAUGGUUUAACAAACCCAGCCAGACAUCUGAUGUCACUUGAAAAUAUUGUGGUGCUUCAUAAGUACAAUGAUGCCGAUUGGUUCCAUCAGUUGCCCGUUUGUUCAAUCUAUAACUUUGAUAGAUUCAACUCCCAGUUUGUGAAUCUGUUCUCAAGUGCAAGAAAGCAUGAAAGGUUUUAUCCGGCUUUAAUUAGCAUGCAUCAUAAGGAAGAAGAGUCCUCAAUGAUUACAUCACUUGCUACACCAAGGAGUCUUAGGACAGGACCAUGCAUGAAUUCAUUAGCCAAAGGCCGAUGUGGUAGUUCAACGAGCUAUUGUCCAAAGACCGAGAAAACCAAGGUCAAGAGAGUUGAGGAAAUGCCUCGCUCUAGUGACAAGAGGUCCCUGAACAAAGAGGUUUUGGAGAAAUGGGGCGAUAAGGAGAUUUUUGCUCGAUCUUACCCUAUCUCGAGGAAGACCGGGUAUAUUCCCUUAUGA